CAACUUUUCUUUAAAAGAUAUGAAAGAGUCAGAGGCUUCCAGAAUUGAAAAGAAACAUGGCGACGAUAGUGCGCGUAAAACGACGGCGUGCUGAAGAACCUGUAGAAAACAUCCUCGUAUCUUGUAAAAGAAGGAAAAAUGACGAGGAAGAUAACAGCUUACAAAGUAGUUUGAAGUUUGCCGGAACUACCAAAUCACGGGAUGAUGUAUCCAAACACAUUCGUGAUGCUAUCAGGAAAGAAAAACUGCAAAAAGAAUACAAACAGCACCAUGUGGAUAUAGCUUAUAAUGCCCGACAAAAUCACAGACAGCAGGUGAAGGCAGCAAGGUUCAAGGUCACCUCAAGCUUCAGGGCUUUAGCUCUGGAUAAUUUAGAUCUUGCAGAUGAUGAAACAGACUUUGAGAAUAAAGAAAACCAGAAACCAAGUAGUGAAGAGGAUGACAAAGGUAGCUCUGCAGUGGUAAAUAAGUCAGAGAGUGAUGCUAGUGAUAACCAAGCCGCCAGCAGCAGCGUAUUUCAGUUAAUUGAUGUAGAAGCGCCAGGUGGUGCUGGGGCGGUGCGAUCCUACGAAUCCCUCAUACAGGAAUCUCAGAGCAGCAGUGGUAUCACCUGUAACUCGGUUCCACUAGUACGAGAACAAGUUCCCCAAACACAGGAUGAGGAUUAUGUGUACGACUUGUAUUUUACAAAUAACAGAGACUUUAGCUUUAAACUUCUAGAAAGUGCAUUGACAAUAGAGGCAUUUGGUGAUGAUUUGGUUUAUGAAGAUAUGCCACACCAGGAGGAAGAGCAUGUGUAUGAAGAGGAAGAUGAUAGUAAUGAUGAGGACAAUUGGAGGAAUGACUAUCCAGAUGAAGAUCCCCACUUCCUCGAUAACCAGCUAGAAACAGACUUUUUCUAUGGGGGUGAUGUGAUAGAACGACAAGCCUUUGCCGACACUGGUGAUGCUGGAUUGGCAGAGUGGAUGCACACUCGCUGCAACAUAGAAGAUGAUGAUGAGCUGUCAAGUGAAGAUGAGAAUUCGGCCUACUUUGGCGAGCCUUUGAAUGCCAGUAGCAGUUACAAUAGUUAUCACCGCAAGGUUCAAAGAGAAAUGGAGGAAGGUCACACUGAUCCUGAUGAUGAUGAUGAAAAUGACUGAAAAAAUGUUUUAAAUUGACCUUUUAGAUUAAGCCUUUCCAUAUGGAUAGAACAUAGUACUAGUGGAUGUUGUAAAAGUGGAGCUGUACUAUCGUUCAGCCAGACUCGAGUUAAUUACAACACUAUACCUCUUAACAAGACUUACAUGCAAUUCAGUCAUUAAGUUGUAGAAAGGAUGAGUCGGAUCACGGAAUACACCGAUUAUGUAGACUUGCAUAGGGAAUGACCAUUGAAAUGUUCCUUACAUUCUUGUCCAGGGAAUGCAGAUGGGAUUUCCUUUCAGCAAGAGAUAUUUCAUGGCAGAAAACCAUUUAACUGAAUGUAAUUGUGUGUUAAUAAAUAUUUAUGAAUAAG